GUAAACAGCUGCUCAGUUGUUUAAUUUAACAAAAUAUUUUCUUGCUUUAAAGUUUAAACCAAACAAAUUUUGAGUAAAACCACCAAAAUUUCGCUUUGUGUUACAAAAAUACUUAUUCAAAUCUAUAGGCGAACGACUAAAAUAUUAAACGCUCCUUAGAACUUUUGUAUAAUUAAUAAAAGAAACUGUAGCCAACGGCCGAAACAUAAAUUGAAGAAUAAUACGAAAAUCAAAGUCCAAAAACAAUUUGGAUUACAAAAUUGCUGGCAGUCAAUAAAUGUUAACUUUGUUUAGAUAUAAAAGUGAAGAUACAAAUUCAAACAAUGGCAGAACAGGAAUCAUUACUUCAAGAAAGUAGUAAGACAUCGACAUAUAUGUCUCCUCAAGAAGAAGCUUUGCAAUCACUUUGCAAAAAAUUGCUGAAAUCAAGGUUUUUUCGCGGUUACUAUGAGGAACGUCGUUUCGUGGAUGCUGUAGGCGGCUAUAGAGAUAUAAUUGGUCUACAUCGCGGUGAACGUGAUUUGGAGCGUUUAUUGUUGGACAUUAAAUGCAAAUUGCAAAUCUUUUAUCAACAUACACAGCAGGUCUGGAUUGGCGUGACACACGGUGCUUUUAUGGGAAUAACGCCUAAAAAGAACACACUAGACACACACAUUUGGAUACAACUGCAGGAAGUUGCAUUCGGCCAGUAUUGGUUCAGUAUAAAGAGUAUACGAUUCCGAAAGAAUGAAGUGAUAUUAAAGCUAAAUGUUGUGCGCAAUGUAGAAACUGAAACGCGAAUUGAAAGAACUCAAUUAUCAACGCCGGCAUUGAUGUACGUCAGUGAUGCGUCAAAGUCGGCGUUAAUAGCAAAUGAUUCAGUGAAGCUUUCGAAGAACGCACCACAAUUUGGCGAGGAUAUGGUGAGCAAUCCAAUUAUGAUACAACCCGAAGUGCUACAAAUCGGUUAUGAAGACUUCGUUAACGUGGUGCGCGACUGGGGUACAACCAUAAAACACUCAGUUUACGAUUUUAUGUCGAAUGAUGUAAACAAAGAUAACAUUAAAGAUUUUCUACAAUUUCUGGGCUUAGUUGUGAUCUCACUGUUGACCGGCAGCGUUGUAGCCAUCAAGUACUUGGGUACCUUCGCCUUGCGUUUUAUGUUUGAAUUUACGCGCUUUACGCAGGUAAUGACACCAAUCAUACUAAAAGUAAUAGAGGCGAUAAAUAAAAUUGUUGCGGGAUUUUAUACACUACUGGCAAUGAUUUGGAAAGAUGCAUUUAUGAAAAGAAAAAUGAUACCAACACAACAACUGCAAGAUUAUAAUGACCGACCUGCUAGAGAAUUAAAAGCUAUAGAAUAUAAUCGGCCGCAUUACAAUAGUAACAUUGAAUAUAAUAUGCGUCAUAAUCCAUUGCAAACGCCUAUGAUAAGGUCUGGUAUGGGUAAUUUUCCCGAAUUUGAAAGAAAAUUUCAAUAAAGUGAUAUUUUGCCGAUGCAUUUUAGAACAACAUAAUCUAUGAAUCUUAUUGUUAGAUCUACUAUUUAUUUUUACAUUCAUUGCCUGAUAGCAUACUAAUUUAUAAUGUUACAAAAAAGCGGGCAUUCCUUAUAAUGUACAUACAUACAAUACACGCAUAAGAAAACGAUAAAACAGUUCAAAAAAUGUGCGAAGAAAAUUUACUAGAAGUUAAAAAAAAACUAUAUAUUUAUUAUUAAACCACUGGCAACGAUUGUAAUAAGUGUAAACGAGAUAAAUUUAUUGUAUAUCGCCGAUAACAAAAUCUGUUAAGGUGCUUGUGCUGAAAUGAAUGCUAGGUGUACUGAAGUUGAAUGACGUAAUCCAAAUACAAUGCAUUUUAAUAAUCAUAAUGGCAAAUAAUUUAGAUAAGCUGAAGAAUGUGUCCUAUUUGUAUUGAACAAAUAAUUGAACUCAGUUCUUUGCUUUUAUUAAUUUAUUUUGUUAACUUUCGUUAUUCAACUUUAGUUAAACUACCAUUCAUUUUAGUUCCAUUAUUAUACAUAAACAAUUUGUAUUUACAUAUGUAAAAAAAUGGAAAAUAAAUUAUUUAAAUUCAAUACCAAAAUAUAAUAAAAAUAUUUACAAAUAAAAAAACAACAAUUGUAGAUACAUAUAUAUAUCAACAUAUUUAAAUUAAAAACUUAUUUUAUACAACAAACGAAUUUGGAUUAUUGUUAUGCACUACCACGGCCUUUUCCGCACUUUGGUGAUUUUUUAAAUAACUUCGCAGCUUUCGAUAGCAACUUAUUUAUAGAUAUACAUAUAAUCACUUAGUAAGAAUUUUUAUUAGAAAAGUUCUUACAAUACAAAUUAUAUUUCCAAGUGCUGCUGGCAUAUUGAUCUAUUUAUUUUAAAUUUUAACAAUAAAUGUUUUUAAACGAAAAGUAUUAACCAUCAUGAAA